AUGGCGUGUUGGCGGAAGAAGGUCGUGUUCCGGGCGCGCCGUGCGUGGGCCGCCGUCUCCGGCCGCCUCCUCCGCGGCAGCAAGUCCGGCAGCGGCGGGAUACUGAAGCUCCACGAGGACGUGCAGACCUGCGGGUACCAGGACGUGCAGGUCAUGUUCGACAUGCUCACCUCUGAGCUGGAGGCGGCGCACGCCCGCAACCGCAAGCAGCCUCCAUCGCCCCUGCCGGCGGCAUGGUCCAGCCGCUUGUCGUUGUCCUCCUCCGCCUGA